AUGGUGCUAACCCGUGCACCGCAGCUCCGCAAAUGCAACGCCCUCAUCCGCUCCAAUAUCCGCAAACUAGACCGGGACAUCACCGCCAACAAGCAAAACGAAAUUAAAAUCAAGAACCUCAUCAUCCAGGCCGACAAGCGCGCCCAGAAAGACCCUGCCCGCGCGAAGCAAGCCCAAAAGGAAGUCCGCGACUUUGCCCACGAACUCGUUCGCCAGCGCCGCGUCUCCGCCCGCACAGUCACCUCAAAGGCCCAGCUCAACUCGGUCCAGCUGCAAGUAAACGAGGCGUUUGCCGUGCGCAAGAUUGAAGGCUCCAUCCGCUCCAGCGUCGGCAUCAUGAAGGACCUCAACAGGCUGAUACGCCUGCCCGAGAUGGCACAGACCAUGCAACAGCUGAGCACAGAGCUGAUGAAGGCCGGUAUCAUUGAGGAGAUGGUCGAGGAUAUACUGCCCGAGGAUGGGCAAAUACUUGUGGAGGAUGAGGGCGAGGUCGAUAAGGUGCUGGGUGAGAUUUUGAAGGACAGGAAGGAGCCGAGUUUGCCGGCUGCGCCAGUGCCGGAGCCGCAGGCGCAGGAAGUAGAGGAGGAGGAGGAGGAGGAGGAUGCGGAGGCCAUGAUGGAUCAGAUGCGGAACCGGUUGGAUGCGCUGAGGAGUUAG